AUGGGACGCCGACGAGUGGCCGACGACGCCGUCCGGGCGCCCUCUAACGUGGAAGAGAUACGAGAAAUGAUAGACAAGAUACAGGCGAACGUCGAAGAGGUAAAGAAGAAGCAUAGUGCCAUUUUAUCAGCGCCGCAAUCAGAUGAAAAGACAAAGCACGAACUUGAAGAUCUCAUGGCCGAUAUUAAGAAGACUGCCAAUAAAGUUAGAGGGAAAUUAAAACACAUAGAACAAAACAUCGAACAAGAGGAGCAUUCCAACAAAUCGUCCGCCGAUCUCAGAAUAAGAAAGACCCAGCACUCGACUCUGUCUCGUAAGUUCGUUGAGGUGAUGACGGAGUACAAUCGCACCCAGACGGAUUACAGGGACAGGUGCAAAAACAGAAUACUCAGGCAGCUGGAGAUCACGGGCCGGGCUACGACCGACGAUGAGCUGGAGGCUAUGCUGGAACAAGACAACCCCGCUGUGUUCACUCAGGGGAUUAUAAUGGAGACCCAGCAAGCGAAGCAGACCCUCGCUGAUAUAGAAGCACGGCACGCUGACAUCAUCAAGCUGGAGACAUCGAUCCGUGAGCUGCACGACAUGUUCAUGGACAUGGCGAUGCUUGUUGAGAGUCAGGGUGAGAUGAUCGACCGCAUUGAGUAUCAUGUAGAGCACGCUGUGGACUAUGUCCAAACUGCCACCCAAGAUACAAAGAAGGCCCUUAAAUAUCAGAGCAAAGCCCGACGGAGCGAGCAGGGUGAACUGAUAGAUCGCAUCGAGCACCACGUGACCGCCGCCACUGACUACGUGGAGUCCGGUGGGGGGGAGCUUGUACAGGCUCACAAGUGGGCGGUUAAAGCGAGGAAGAAGAAGAUCAUGAUCCUUGUAUGCCUGCUCAUACUCGGCCUGGUGGUGAAGAAGAUUAUGAUAAUGCUGUGCCUGCUCGUGCUCGGGCUCAUUGCGACCGGCUACGUGUAUAACACAUUCUUCUAA